CGAAACUGAUGUUCCCUUAAUCUAUACUGAAAUCCAAUAAUGAGUUUUCCCAUAUUCACGUGUGACAGUUUGUUCAGACGAGUAGAGGUUAUGGCGUUGUUUUACGCAGUUCAAAACAUUUUUGUAUGGUUUUAGGCUUAAAUUUUUAUUUUUUCAUAUUUACCCUCAGGAACUAGAACUUUAUUUUUUAAAUUUAGUUAUUUAUCUAAGGUUUUAUCAAAGAAAAAGUAUAAUCGAGAAUAUGAUUACACGAAGUAAAUACUGUAAUGUACUUGAAACAAGUACUUGAAUUGUAAUCGUUAUGUCAAUAUUAUAACGACCAAGUUGAAAUAUAUUUCUUUCUGCGAAUAUGGCUUUAAAAAACUCCUGCUACAUUUUAACGGAAACGGUGAAAUUUGUUAUUCCCAACAGAGGUUUUAGUUUUCAUACGCUUUCCAAAGAACAUUUAGCAUUACAGAAAAUAUGUAGAGACUUUUCAGAAAAGCAUUUGAAACCUAUCGCGGCUCGGUUAGACAAAAAACAUGAAUUUCCAGUUAAAGAGAUUGAAACUUUAGGUCAGUUGGGAUUAUUGUCAAUUAAUGUAAAAGGAAAAUAUGGUGGUAGUGAUCAAAACACAUUAGGUUUGGCAGUAGCUGUUGAAGAAAUUGCAAAAGGUUGUGGGGGUACUGGAGCUAUUGUUUCAAUACACAACUGUCUCUAUGCCAAUUUACUUGAUAGGUUUGGUAAUGAAAAACAAAAAGAAACAUUCCUUAAGCCAUUCACUAAAGAAAAUCUGGGAUGUUUUGCUCUGAGUGAGCCAGAUGCGGGAAGUGACGUUGGUGCCAUGUCAGCUACAGCUUCGUUAGAUGGUGACAAGUACAUACUAAAUGGAAUUAAGUCGUGGGUUACCAAUGGCACUCAAGCUAAGGCUGCUGUUGUUUUCGCUACAGUGAACAAGAACCUUAAACACAAAGGUAUUACCGCGUUUGUAAUUCCUAUCCCAAUUGCCGGAUUAUCGAUGGGUAAAUUGGAGGAUAAAUUGGGAAUAAGAGCUUCACCCACUUGUACUUAUAUUUUCGAUCAUGUCCAAGUGCCAAAGGAGAAUGUAAUAGGUAAUGUUGGUGAGGGUUUUAUAAUUGCAAUGAAACAGUUAGAGAAAGCAAGAGUGGGUAUUGCAUCUCAGGCUUUAGGAAUUGCGCAAGCUUCACUGGAAGUGGCGGUUAAGUAUGCAGCCCAAAGAAAAGCAUUCGGCCAACCUAUUAAUCAGCUCCAAGCUGUUAAAUUAAGAUUAGCUGAAAUGGCAACAAGGCUGGAGGCUGCGAGGUUGAUAGUGUGGCGAGCUGCUAUAAUGUGUGAUGAACAAGAGCGCACAACAAAAUAUACUUCAAUGGCAAAAUUGGUAGCCAGCGAAGCAGCUACUUUUGUGUCACAUGAGGCCAUCCAAGUUUUAGGCGGAAUGGGUUAUGUGAGUGAUAUGCCUGUUGAGAGACACUACAGAGACGCCCGAAUUACCGAAAUUUAUGCGGGGGUUAAUGAUGUCCAAAAAUUAUUAAUUGCAGACGCAAUUAUUAAGGAAUAUGAAGAUUAAUUUUUUUGUUGUACAACAAAUCAUCAAAUAUAUAUUUUAUAAAUUA